UGCUACUUGGGCGGUGAUUAACGCCCUCUCUCCCAUAAAAUCUACUAUAAGGUAUUGCAAGCUUACACAAUAUUUUAAUGGUAUUAAUAUUAGUUAAUAGUUGCGGCUUUACGUCUUAUCUAGCUAUCGAUCUAAUCAGCAGGUGUGAUUACUGUCGCAAUAAGCGUUACGGUGGAACGUUAGGAUCGAGAGCAAAACACGGGCGCGAAUUCCCCAAGCCUGGAAAAUAUGUAACGUGUUUUGUCGGCCCACACAAAUAAAUUUCCACGUCUCGCGUCCGGAAAAUCGUUCACUCUCACUGCGUCUGACGUUCGGCGCACCGUAACUUUGAAAGUUGGGCGGCCGACGGCGACGGCAGAUUGAGCGUCGCGACGUUCGACGACGUCGCGAUAGUCUGACGGUGGAGUCGCGUCCGUUCGCACGUACGUCACUACGAACUAGUUUAGAGCAGCACUUAGAGAUCGCGUAGCUUUAUAUACGGUUCUGAAAAUUUGUUUUUGUUAUUGUUUUCCCGGAAAGUAUUUUUACUCGACUUUUUUUUCUCUUCGAUAGCUACAUUUCUGAAAAGGUCUGAAUUACUCAAAGAGUAAUAAUUCUUCUAACAAUGACACACUGUUACUGCAUGGGACGUAACAAGAAAUCUCAGAUAUACGAAGAAGAAGAGUUUUCCGACAGUAUGAAGUCCGACAGCGUCGAUGUUGGCAUACCGCCUCUUUCGAUGAAACCACCCAAAACCAGGAGGAAGCUGAAUUUUAAAUUCGGCGGUUUCCGUAAGUUGGUACCGGACAGGAUUUUGAAAUGCUUCGGUCAAGAUGAACUGGAAAUGACCCGUCUAGAAAAGACGAUUAAAGCAUCAUUGCUAAUUCAGAAAUGGUACAGAAGUUACAUGGCACGAUUAGAAGUAAGGCGAAGAUAUACGUGGACCAUUUUUCAAACACUUGAAUAUGCAGGGGAACAAGACCAAGUUAAAUUAUACAACUUCUUUAAUGCCCUCUUGACACAUAUCCCACAAACAGCCAUUAGAGAUGGCUAUAAUUCAAAAGAAGUUUCAAGAAGCUCAUCAUUCGAUAAUUUAGAUGUAGAAUUCGAAGAAGAGUCUCCGGAUGAAGAAUUUUCGUAUAAUCAAGAGGACAAGAAGGCUCUAAGGCAUUUCAUAAUAGAAUAUCCAUACACAGAAGAAAAAAUCACACAGCUAAUAGAAAUAUUUCGGAAACACAGGCAUUUUAAGUUAUCACCACGAAUCGUAGCAGACAUCUUGAAGAGAUCGAUAAAGGCCCUCCAAAAACUUCCUAAUAUUAAUGUAGCUUCCACAGCGCUCUCAAAGCAAAUAACCAUUUGUGGGGACUUACAUGGAAAAUUUGACGACUUAUUAGUAAUAUUACACAAGAACGGUCUUCCUUCCGCCGAGAAUCCUUAUAUAUUUAAUGGAGAUUUCGUCGAUAGAGGCAAGCGAGGCCUAGAGGUUAUUUUAAUAUUGCUGCUAUGCUUUAUCGCAUUUCCGGGCGGGAUAUACCUGAAUCGAGGCAACCACGAGGACCACAUCAUGAACCAAAGAUACGGCUUCAUUCGAGAAGUCCAGUCCAAAUAUAGGAAAAAUCAUGAAAGACUGCUGAAACUUUUUGAAGGUGUCUAUCGAUGGUUACCAUUGGGAACAAUUAUCAAUAACAAAGUCUUAGUUGUGCACGGGGGUAUAUCAGAUACAACCGACUUGGAGAUGAUUAGAAGUUUAGAACGGGAGAAGUAUGUUUCCUUACUUCGGCCUCCUCUGGGCGACAGUUCAGCACCAGGUGCAGAAGCUAUUGAUAAGCUGGAGUGGAAGCAAGUAUUUGACAUAUUAUGGUCUGACCCUCAAGAUACAAAGGGAUGUAUACCGAACACUCUACGAGGUGCUGGAACAUAUUUCGGGCCUGACGUCACCAAGAAAUUUUUGGAAGAGAAUAGACUGUCCUUCGUAGUCAGAUCUCAUGAAUGUAAACCAGAUGGCUAUGAAAUGUCACAUAAUAAUUUAAUAAUCACAAUAUUUUCCGCGUCGAAUUACUAUGAAGUUGGUUCCAAUAAUGGGGCAUACGUCAAAUUAGUUGGAUUGAAGCUUGAACCUCAUUUCGUCCAGUACAUGGCCAAUGCAGGAAGGAAGAAGUUAAAUUUCUACCAAAGAAUGGGAUUGGUGGAGUCUGGAGCCACCAAGGAGCUACAAGCACAAAUAUUGAAUAACCGGUCGAUAAUAGAAAAUGAAUUUGCAAAACUUGACCCUGAAAAUACCGGUCUUAUUUCGGUAACUCAGUGGUGCUUGACGCUGGAAAGAUGCACCGGAUUGCAAAUUCCGUGGAGACUCUUAAAAGAAAAGCUGGUGACCAUCCAUCCCGAAACAAAAAUGGUGCAAUACCAAACUACUUUCGAUAUUAAAAGUGCACGGCUCAACUCUGUUCAAGGUGCCAGUACUGUUGUUGAGACCCUGUAUAGAAACAAAAGCAGUCUGGAAGCUAUAUUCAGGAUUAUUGACAAAGAUAAUUCAGGUUACAUAACACUGGACGAACUAGCUGAAGCUUGCAACUUAAUCAAAGAACACAUGCCCUGCAACAUGACAGAGGAACAACUGACUGAAAUAUGCCGAAUGAUGGAUAUCAACAAGGACGGUUUGGUUGAUCUCAACGAAUUCCUAGAAACUUUCAGGAUGGUCGAUCCCGAAAGCAGGCACAAGAAUUUACCCAACAGCCCGGAGAAUUCUCAUUUAAACAUCGGUAAAAUUAAAAGGCCUAGUAUAAUAAGCGAACUCGGCCCAAAGGAAACUAAUAUGGAAUCUAAAUCGAAAGAUAUCUUGGAGAAUAACAAAAUAUUCGAAGAGGCAACCAGUAAAAUUGAUGUUGAUAAGAAGAAUAAUACAUCGGAGACCAGUACUAAUAACGAAAAUAUUGACAGAUCGCCAGAAAAAAAUGUUUCUCCCAAUAUGAAACGAGAAAAGGUAUCAUUAACAGCCCAAGUUCAUAAUACUGAGAGUAGCACCGAAGAUGAAUCUAUUCCAGUACCGAAGGUACACAGUAACGAGCUCAUGUCUUCUCCUGUGCUCAGUAGUAGAAGGGGAUCCCAGAUAUAAUGUUAUUUUCGUCUCAGAAAUAUAUCUUACUCUCUGUUAUUAAUGUUAAAAGAAUUUAAGAUAAAGGAAUUAAGAAAUUAUAUGAAUAUGUGUGAAAGUUACUUAUAUACAAAAAUAUGUUUAAUAUUUAAUAAGAUAUAUAGAUUUGAAAAGUAAAUAUAGGAAGAAGAUUAAAAUUAAUUUGAAUUAAUUAAAUUUAAAGUCAUAUUUAUUUAUUUUAAUAUGAAAUUAUAAUAUUAAUUAUUUGCUAUACAUAUUCUUUUAAACCUGUCAAUUCCAAACUAAAAUAAAAUCAUUAUAAUGGCAUAAAAAAAUGAUUUCAUAAAGCAUUAAAUACGUGUAGACUUCCUAUAUAUUUUAAACAAUAAUGAAUAAAAAUAGAAAGUGUUUCGUGAAUUCUCUAUAGACUAGACUGUAUUUGGCAUUAUACAUUUUAUUAAAAUCAGUCCAUACGAAAUUUGAUAACAAAUUCAUAAAACAACUGUGGUCACACUAGACGAUUUAUUACUGAAGCAGUACUAUGUAAGAUUAUAAAUUAAUAGGAAUGAUGUUUUUCUACUAUUUCCCCAAAUAUUCUGGUACUUACUUGCAUGGCUUUUAUAUUCCACUUUGUAACAGAAUAUUAAAUUUACGUUUAUUUAUUAUUUCUUCAUGAUCCUCAUCAAUAUUAAUCUUAUUUUUAUAUUUGAGACUUUCUACAAGCAUUUUGUCCAUUUUUCGAAUUUUGGCAAACAAGGAAAAACUGCCACGCUUUUUGCAAGAAACUUACCGAAAAACUAGUAUUCUUGAAAAAUCGAUAAAAAAUCAUAUAAAUAGUACACAUACAUGUGAAAAAUCUAGUUUUGAUGAUAUCUGAAAAAAUUCAAAAAAAAACUGUUGACUGUCCUUUAGACGUGAAAUUUCUUUUAAUUUUUCUGCUGUCACAGUCUGUAUCCACAACUAUUAUAUUAUUAUCCCGAGUCGUAGUUCCAUUCAUUAUUUUAAGUAGUAUUAUUCAAAAAAGAGAAAAGAUGUACAAAAAAAGUCUUCAUCUGCCAAUGACAAACAAACAGCAGUAUGUUCACAGCAGACAAGGACAUAUUUCUCUGUUUGUUUGUCUACUGCCAAUGGACAUACAGCACAUAGAAAGUCUAAGGUAUUUUCACCAUUUAAUUCGAAUG